AUUCAAACCAUUCAUACAAUCACUUCAUUUGAUCCCAAGAUAUGACAGAAGAGAUGAAUCACUCGAAGACAUCACUGCUUACCACCGAUGACGGCAACGAAGACAACAUUCGAGAGCCACAGAUUUACGCGAAGAACUCAAUCGACAGAUUCGGUGACGAUUUGUGUCAACUGUUGUUAUCAUACUUUCCGCUCGAAUACCACAUCCGUUGCGAAUCGCUGUCCAAACAGUUCCGACGGACAGUCUUCGGGAGUCUUCGCCACAUUUGUAUUGACGAAAAACUUAUGAUACGAUUAUCGAAGAGUAAUAUCCGCCAAAUAAUGGCUACAAUUGCCAUAAAGUGUACAAAUGUUGAAACCAUUGACUGUCGAGGAAUGACAGAAAAAUAUGAAGAACACAUUCUCGAAGUGUUGACCACUUGUCGAGACAAUUGCCGUCAUUUGCGGGAAAUAUAUUGUAAUUUAUGGCGAAAUUGUGAGCAAACAAUGCAUUCAUUCGGACCACUCGUCACACGAAUCGGUGAUAUCGACUACUCUGUCGACUCACAAGCGCUCACUCAUUGCCGCCGAUUGUCACACUUGCGGAUCAAUUCAUUGCGGAAAGCGUUUGGACAGAACGGGACUCUUUUGGUGAAGAAUUUGCAUUCAUUUGAGUUAAACCAACCGUUGAUCUCUUCAAGUGAACACCAAUUGUCUUGGCCACGACUUCAAUACCUGUCCAUCAAUACUGAGACAAUAAGUCGCGAGUGUUUGGACCACAUCUCGAGACUACCGGCGCUGAAAACGUUUUGCCUUCAGUGCCAUCACAGCAAUAGUCUGACAGAUAAUGAUUUUAAGGAUCUGUUGUCCAGAAGUCCUAAACUUAAAGCCAUUGAAUUCAUUGUGGAUAACAAUUGCAAGAUUUUUAUUGUAUAA